CCACGGCCGCUCUUCUGCCGGCAUCCGUCACGCUCAACACCACCGUCUUUGUCUGGGCGUCGAGUCCGAGUCUCCAACCCUUCUCCUCAUUCACCAAGUGCAGUUUCUUCCUCGAGCUCGCCGUACGCCGUUUUCUCUUCGUUUGCUCAGCCACGCUUCUGCCGCCGUUAGCCGUCGUGCUCGCCUCCUGGUCUCCGUUUCGGUCGCGCUUCUGCCCCUCUGCUCAGACUGCUUAGAACGAAGGAUUUGUGUUAUUGCUAAAUGGAGUCACACGCAAUGAUUCUUCCGUUGCGCUAUUAUUCAGUUCCUCUAGUAUUGUCCGCUACCCAACCUACUCCUCCAUUUCUUGCUUUUCCCUCAAAAACUUCUCUUUCAUUUCCGCGCCUCAAUUUUCCCACCACAGCAGGGGGAAGGUUGUGGCACUGUCUAACUGUUAGUGAAGGCUUGUCCUCUGCCAGUUCCUCUGGAAGCAGUGUUGAUGUUGAUGAUGGCAGUGGCGGUGGCGGUGGAAAAGAAGAGGUACUGUUGGAUGAGAGUCGAAUGGUUAGGGUGUGUGAUAAGCUUAUUGGUGUUUUCAUGGUUGACAAGCCCACACCUACCGAUUGGAGGAGGUUGCUGGCUUUUAGCAGGGAGUGGGACAUCAUUAGGCCCCAUUUCUUCAAGCGAUGUCAGGAUAGGGCAGAUGUCGAGGCUGAUCCCACAAUGAAGGAGAGGCAGCUCCGCCUUGGAAGGAAGCUUAAAGAGAUUGAUGAGGAUGUGCAAAGACAUAAUGAUCUACUUGAAGUGAUCAAAGGGGACCCAUCAGGAAUUACUGACAUUGUCGCCAAGCGUCGUAAAGAUUUUACAAAAGAAUUCUUUGUGCACCUUCAUACUGUAGCUGAAUCCUACUAUGACAAUGCUGAAAUGCAAAAUGAACUUGCAAAGCUUGGGAACAUUUGCUUGGCUGCUGUACAAGCCUAUGAUGAUGCAACCGAAAGCAUGGAAAAGUUAAAUGAAGCAGAGUUGAAAUUCCAAGAUAUUUUCAAUUCGCCCUCACUUGAUGCUGCCUGCAGAAAAAUAGACAGUUUGGCUGAAAAAAAAGAACUUGAUUCCACAUUGGUAUUGAUGAUCACCAAAGCUUGGUCGGCUGCUAAGGAAUCAAACAUGAUGAAAGAUGAGGUAAAAGAUGUACUUUAUCAUUUAUACAAGACUUCCGUGGGAAACCUCCAGAGACUUGUGCCAAAAGAGAUUCGAAUUAUUAAAUAUCUUAUUAGAAUUGAGGAUCCUGAGGAACAACUGUGUGCUCUCAAAGAUACAUUUACACCUGGAGAAGAACUUGAAGGAAUCGAUGUUGAUAGCUUGUAUACGACACCAGAGAAACUUCACACAUGGAUAAAGACUGUGGUGGAUACUUAUCAUUUGAGCACAGAAGGUACCCUUAUUAGGGAAGCAAGGGAUAUGCUGAAUCCAGAGGUCAUCCAAAAAUUGGAGGUCCUUAAAACUGUUGUGGAAAGGAAUUUCAUGUGAAUUUGAGCUUAGCUUAAAAAUAUGGGUGCACUUGGAGUGUAACAUAAUACAGCUGCAUGCUUUGCAUUGCCAAAUGAAACUGAAAUGCAGCAAAAUAGCAAUCUGUUAGAGUUAUUUUUUGUAUGGCUGUAGAGUUAGUUUUGUAUAGCUGGCAGGUUAGUUAGUCUGUUAGAUCUACGUCCUACACCACUAGUUAGUUAUUUAUUAUUCCUAUUUGUACAGCUAUAUACAUUGCACAUAGUUUUGGUUUUGUGAAUUAAUUAAAUCAUUCCAAAAUUCCUUUCU